AUGUUGGUAUACCCAGUUUUUAUAACAGUAAUCGUUGCCAUCGCGACAUUUAUUCAUAUUUAUCAGCGACGAAAUGGAAAUAUUUGGGAAAUAUUUUGUCCACCACCAGAAAGAUCAUCUAUCCAAGCUGUAAGUGGUUCACCGGCAUCAACAAUUCUAAAAGCAGAUGAAUUAAAUUAUAAAGCGUCAAAGAACAUGGAACAACUGACACAAUCACCUGUCACGGAUUGA